GGGAUUGCCCGGUGCUCCCUGCAUACCCUCCGUUAGCCGUGCAGCGGGGGCUGAGACCCCGCCAACUCAUCGCAGACAACGCGAACGCGCGACACCCCGCUUCUCCUUUUUGUCCCUUCGCCCGAGCCGUACCGGUGGGGGGGGCGGGGUUAAGAUCUGGAUGCGGAAGUGCGUGCUCACUUCCGCUCUCUGCGCAGAGGUAGCGGAGGUUGGAACGCUCUGAGCCCGGCUUGGAACCAUGCCUCGCAAGAUUGAGGAGAUUAAAGAUUUUCUGCUGACAGCCAGGAGGAAGGACGCAAAGUCGGUCAAAAUCAAGAAGAACAAGGACAAUGUGAAAUUUAAGGUGCGCUGCAGCCGGUACCUGUACACCCUGGUCAUCACGGACAAGGAAAAGGCUGAGAAGCUGAAGCAGUCCUUGCCCCCAGGUCUGGCCGUGAAGGAGCUGAAAUGAGCCAUUCCCCUCUAGGUUUCUUUCUCCACCUUUGUUACAACAAAUAAAAACCUGAACUGUU